AUGGCGCUCCACAUCCCCUUCCUGUCGCGCCUGCACAUCCGCGAGUACGUCGCCCUGUCGGUUUCCGUGUGUCUCAUCAUCCUCGAAUCCAUCAUCGCCGUCAUCACCCUCGCCCUGCCCACGCCCAUCAUCAACUUCUGCUACCGCCUGACCCGCCGCCUGUUCAACCACCUCUCCUCGCCCUCGUCCAAGCGCUCGCGCCAGAAGAAGAAGGGCGUGUGGAGCUCCAUCGCCAACGCAUCCGAUUUUACCGAGCUAUGCGACCUCUACGGCUACUACUGCGAGGAACACAUUGUACAGACCGGUGAUGGCUAUCUCCUGGGUCUGCACCGCCUGGGCUGGCGACAGGGCGAAGAAAACAUGCGCGUCAACAGCCGAGACAAGGCAAAAGGCCUCAAGAAGAAGGUCGUCUACCUCCACCACGGCCUGAUGAUGAACAGCGAGGUCUGGGUUUGCUUGACCGAUAAGCAGCGAUGCUUGCCGUUUGAGCUGGUGGAGCGAGGAUACGACGUCUGGCUCGGCAACAACCGCGGAAACAAGUACUCCAAGAAGAGCGUCCAUACUCCCCCUACCUCGAGCAGCUUCUGGAACUUCAGCAUGGACCAAUUCGCCUUCCACGACAUUCCCGACUCCAUUGCCUACAUUCUCGAGACUACCCAUCAGCCCUCGCUAUCGUACAUUGGCUUUUCCCAAGGAACCGCCCAGGCCUUUGCAACAUUAUCUAUCCACCCUACCCUCAACGAGAAGGUCGAUGUUUUCAUUGCCCUCGCCCCAGCCAUGUCGCCCAAGGGCGUUGCGUCAGGCAUUGUCGACGCUUUCGUCAAGGCCUCUCCGGACAUACUGUACUUGGCAUUUGGGCGCAAAACCAUUCUCCCUUCGGCAACCAUGUGGCAGUCUAUCCUAUAUCCACCCAUCUUCGUUCGCUUCAUUGACACAUCCCUGCGCUUCCUGUUCAACUGGUCCGCUGUCAACAUUCUGCCCGAGCAAAAGCUCGCAGCAUACCCACAUCUGUAUUCAUACACAUCGACCAAGAGCGUGGUGCACUGGUUUCAGAUCAUUCGAAAUGGCACAUUUCAAAUGUACGACGAUGAAGCGCCAAACCCCAUCACCUCGAAUCGGUCCAAGUACUACAAAGUCGCCAAAUUUCCAACCAAGAACAUCAAAACGCCCAUUGUGCUUGUCUACGGUGGUUCAGACAGUCUAGUCGACAUUGAUGUUAUGCUAAAGGAGCUGCCGUCUCAUACCAUAGCAAAGGAGAUCCCUCACUACGAGCAUCUGGACUUUUUGUGGGCCGAGUCGGUCGACACUCUCGUUUUUCCACAUGUCUUUGAAGCACUGGAUAAAUUUGCAACUUCAGAAGCGGCAGCUCUAGAGGGUCAAAAACAACGACGCUUGCGAUCACCGGGCAGGUAUCAAGGUCUUUUGCCAGAAUCCAGUAAGCUCCCUGGGUUGGACGCCGAAGACUACGACGAAGACGAUGCGGGAGACGAGAGCGCGACAGCUCCAGUAGCGCUACGGACAAGAAAGGUGUCCCAGCCCUCGCGGACGCCGAGCUCCAUCGAUGGUACGACAUUAGCGGAAAGGCCGUUGUCGUUAGCCAGUGCCGUCUCCCCACCCAAGACAACACGACCUGCUACGCAUCGGAGGACUGUUACAGAGGAGAAGCCCUCGCCUGUCCGCAGUAGAAUCAUGUCACCACCUCCGUCACACAGAAUGUCAACCAUGUCUACACCAGACCCCACAAACAGGAUAUCAACCAUAUCUACACCAGAUCCUUCAAAUAGGAUAUCAACCAUAUCCUUCAACUCCCCAGGUGCGUCAGUUGGCGAUUCGCAAAUCACGGAAAAGACCUCCACGUCUCGACCUGAGGGAUGGUGGUCCUCGGACGAAGUCGCUGGUACGGAUCCGUCUCAAACUACCACACCCGCUAACCAAACCCCCGCCAGGAGGUCAAGCUUCGACAGCCAGCAGAGCACGAAGAGUAUGGCGGGCAAAUUCGGAGCCAAUGGUAUCACUCUUGGCGCGAGCAAAGCCGUCAGCGGACUCACACAAGGAGAAGGAUUCAACUUCGGCGAGAGCAGUAGUAACAAGAGUCAAAUCGAUCGGGAAAGACUACUGGAGGCGGAUAGGAAACAGCGGAGGAACGUCUUGAAGAAGAGGCAUCCAUCUAGUGGUUGA